AUGGAAGUCGAUCUGCCCUCUCUCUUUUUCGGGGCCACUGUUGGCAUCUUCCCCUUUGUCCUGUCCAAAAUCAUCUCGCAGACAUGGAAGAUCAUGGGCUGCCUAAAGAGCGUGCACAGCUUCUACGUGUACAUGAUUUGGCUCGACGCCUUUGCGGGCCUCAUCUUCGGCAUCAUCACCAUCCUCUACCUGAAGGGUGUCAUUCCGGGUCAUUUUGGCUUCUUCUUUGCCUCUGUCCUUCUAUGGGCUAUACAGACGCAGUUUCAGCCGCAGAUUAUUGCCAACCGUCUCUCCAUCAUCAUGACGAACCGCCGCAAGGCCAAUUGGCUGCGCAUCGGUCUCUUCCUCGCUAUCCUGCCCCUCAACAUCAUGGUCUACUUUAUCUGGAUCUCGGCCCACUUGCCCAACGCAACCGAGGAGCGGAAGCGUCUCAACCAGGCCUGCGAGAGGAUGGAAAAAUCCGUCUUCCUCGUCCUCGACCUCGUCCUCAACUUGAUGUUUUUGCAUCUUGUGCGGUCGCGACUCAUAUCGGGAGGCCUGACCAAGUACUGGCGCCUGUUCAACAUGAAUGUCUUUCUGAUUGGGAUAUCCACGACCCUGGAUGCUGCUCUGUUGGGCAUGAUCAGUCUGCCGGACCCCUAUGUAUAUGUGCAAUUCACCCCGCUGGUGUACAUUAUCAAGCUCUACAUUGAACUCGUCAUGGCGAACCUCAUUGCCAAGAUUGCGCGCAGCGACAACCCGCUCUACGGCGGCCGCAACAACAACAACUCGUCGCACAUGCGGAGUCAGCAGCAGCACAACACGACAACGGCCAGCAGGGCGUAUGCCGAGCACUCGUCCGUGGAUGCCAUCAUCACCGUCGAGGCGCAGGGGAGCUCGGGCGGGGCCAAGAGCUCAACCUGGAACAGCGAAAGCGACGGCCGGAGCGAGGUGGCCGGCGACGAGUAUUAUCUGGUGGACAUGCCGCCCAGCAGAGCACUCAACGCCAUUAUGAAGACGGUUGAGAUUACCGUGUCGGAGAACAACCCAGGCGCGGCCGAUGCAGAGCGCCGGAAAUCGCAGCAACCCGCCCGCCUGGACCCAGGAGGGAUCCCGGGAAAUUGGGCCACGCAGCCGCCAGCGCCAAAGUACACGGAAUGA